AUGACGAACGAAGGCUCGGCCCGUUCUCGCCCGAAGCGUUGGAGAAUGUCUCGUGGAUUGCAUCAACCUGAACGUGUUUUCAAUGCCAAAUGGCUUCAGCUCAACGCGAAUCAGCCGACGUUUUCGGAUGAGAUUGACCUACGAAUCUCUUCAUCAUGUACUUCCAUACCAAAUGAAAGUAUUUACAUGAAAAUGUCUCAUUAA